AUGCAGAUUGAACACGGACGACCACCACUAUCCGAAAAGUCGCUGUUGUCAUCCGCCAACUUCACACUCUCGCUACUCCCCAUCCGACUCGCAAGACGAAUUCAAGCCCUCCGAAAUCUGCCCUAUAUCGUCGUCUCCAACCCCAACGUUUCCCGCAUCUACAACAACUACCUCCACUCACUAUCAAUUCUCCUGCCGUAUUGGCAAGCAGCAAGCCAAGGCCACCCCAUCUCCACCCUCCAGGAUGAAAUCGAGUUCACAAACGUCCUGGCAGAGCUCGUUGCCACCCACACCGAUACCAUACCCAUCCUGGCCAAAGGCUUUCUGGAAUGCCGUAGAUAUAUCUCGCCAGCAGAGGUGACGCGCUUCCUGGAUGAGCAUCUACGCGCACGAAUCGGCACCAGAUUAGUUGGCGAGCAGCACAUAGCCCUCCAUUUCAGUAGUCAGCCUCAUUUUGCACCCGAGGACAGCCCGACGCCGUGUCCCGAACACCCGUCAUACAUUGGCGUCAUUGACACUGCUCUGAAGCCAUCUCUCACCAUUGAUUCCUGCGCCGGCUUUGUAGCUGAUAUCUGUGAGCUACGUUACGGCUCCCGACCCCAGAUCUACGUCGACGGCGAGCCGGACACCACAUUCGCCUUUGUGCCCAUGCACCUUGAAUACAUUGUAACUGAACUACUUAAAAAUGCAUUCCGUGCCACUGUAGAAAGCCGAGCUCGUGAACCCGUCGUCGUCACCAUCGCACCCGAACCACCGCUCAAAGAACAACCCGGCGGCGCACCACUCAUCAAGCAGCCAGACACAGAUCGAGGCCAAUUCCGCAGCGACGCCAUCAAACCCUUGGACGAUAACGCUCCAGGAGUAACAAUCCGCAUCCGAGAUCGAGGUGGCGGCAUUUCCCCAGACGUUCUGCCCAAUAUAUGGUCCUACUCAUUCACCACAUUUUCCGACGAUGACGGCUUUCCCGGGUCAGGGGGAAACACAGGCGGCGAUGGUCUCAGCGCCAUCGCCACUGCUAGUACGGGGGGCAGUUCAAUUGCUGGCUUGGGAUACGGUCUGCCCCUAAGUCGUGCUUACGCCGAGUACUUUGGCGGCGGUAUUGCCGUCCAGAGCUUGUACGGCUGGGGCACAGACGUGUACCUGCGACUCAAGGGCGUGGGAAAUCUCAACUGA